GUGGCUGAUGUCGUCAUACCCGGAAGAAUGACAUGUUUAUUUUUGUUCCUGUCACUGUCCUCCAUUCAUUUGAUACAGCAGGUUGUAUACCAAAACAAUAUGCGCCAUAAUCACAUCUGAUUUUGAAGUUAAGUGUUUUGAUCCAGAUUAUGUUUACAGAAUCCAUUUUCAUAAAUCAAAGCAUGCGUUUUGUUCGUACUGUAUGUGUAAUGUAUUGAGAGGCACAUGUGUUGCUCACUUACUGUUACUUUUUAAAUGCUGAAUCCUGAAGUGGCGCUAAAACGGUGGCUUCUCUCACAUUGGUCAUAAAGUUCUGCUACAAACCUCAUGUGUAGUUUUUGACUAACAAGUGACCUUUCAUCAUCCUCGUGUCCUCUGCCAAGCACCUUAAUGCAAAGUAUACACAAACGUUGUCCGGACCAAAAUGGCCUCCUACUUCGAUGAACACGACUGUGAGCCCACUAACCCUGAGGAGCAGUAUCGCCAGAAUGCACUACUAGAACUGGCCAGGUCUUUAAUGCAGGGCUUGGACCUCAUUGACUCAGGGGCAUUUGACUUGUCUGACUGGGACCAGCGCCUUCCUCCUCCGGCUGCUAAGGCAGCGGUUCAGACCCUCCCAGUGGUUGUCAUUUCUCCAGAGCAAGCAGACAAAGGUCUCAAGUGUCCUGUUUGUUUGCUGGAGUUUGAGGAAGAAGAGACGGUCCGAGAGAUGCCCUGCAAACACCUUUUCCACUCAGGAUGUAUCCUGCCCUGGUUGGGCAAGACAAACUCUUGCCCUCUUUGCCGACUUGAACUACCGACUGACAAUCCAGAGUAUGAGGAGUUUAAAAAAGACAAGGAGAGAAGAAAACAGAGGGAGAACCGACUAGAUGAUCUACAUGGAGCCAUGUACACAUGACAGCACUGUGAUAAAAGUCUGUGGCAUCUUUUAAUGAUAAAGAUGAACUCUUCAGGAAAUGAAAACCACUGCUUUCGUGCCAUUUUAUACAGAUGACAGUUUGAAAAUGAGCUUGAAAAAUAAGGUUCAUGUGAGCCUCAUAACUGUAGCUAUGAGUCUGAACUAUCAGGAAUGUCUGACCAAAAAAUCUCCCUGAAACUAUGAAGAGAUUGUUCCAUGUGAACAAAACCUGAUCUUAUACGCAUCUAAAAUGCAAUAAAACAGCUUUUUGAGUUUUAAUGUAUUUCUAUUUAAUGUGACCACAAGGCUAACUCUGUCUGCAAAGUAAAUAACUGCUCCCGUUAGUCUUUUUUCUUUUUCUUUACAUUCACAGACACGGAGAGAAUACAGCACAAGGAGUCGUGCCAUUAAACGUUGAAAGUUAUUUUCUGAAGACGCAGAAAUGCUCUUCUUCACCCUGUUCUAGUUAGGAUGAGUAUAUUUUGAAAAAUGCGUUGAGGCGCUUCUGCUCGGUCUCUUCCUUUUUUUUUUCAUACUAAAAAAAACAAUCAGCCGUACUUGUCUUAUUAUUGAAUGACAGAUAUACUUACUGAGUCCUGCUUCUUUUUAUUUGAAUGUUUUGCUUUUUUACAAAAAAUAAUGUUCAAUUCUAAAAGAGUCAGAAUUUUGAGGGGCACUCCAUUUAUGUGGUAAAAUCUGAAGAAUACAGUUCCAUACAUUCUGGGUGCUUAAUCAAGACUGAAUGAAAGAGGAAAUGUCCAAAUUAAAGCAGCAGAGGGCGAGAUAUCCUUACCAUGAGUCCAUAUCAUAGGUCCAACUUCAAAAAGCAAAAAAAAAAAAAAAAAAAUGUCUGCUGUUUUUAAAAUGUCUUUAACGCAUGCUGCCUGUAAAUUUGUAUCCAAGCCCAAAGUCAAUGCUUUAUUUUUCAGAUUGUCAUAACAGCUCCUGAACACAUCAUUUCACAGAUGUUUGUACUGUCUGAAUAGGACCCCUCAUACUGAUUAAACUGGAACUUUAUCAUUUGAUUUACACUUUGACUCGUCCCAUGAUGUUCGGAUGAAUGAGAGCUUCUUCUCUUCUCUAGCAGACAGAGAGAAACAGUUUUUAAACAUCUACAUCACAUGACGGCCCCUCAUUAGGCUGACCUGGGACACCCUCUGUUUGCUUCUGGUGCAUAAGUUCUGCACAGUUGAACUUGCAGCCCUGCUCUGACUCAGCUCAGGAUAGGUGUGGUUCUUCACAAGCUGUAUGUUUGUAUUUGUGUUUAAAAGUCAGCCAUAUUUGUUUGAUCUGUUGAAACUUGUUUCUGCUUGCUGAGGCUUAGAUCUACUUUUUAUAUUAACCACCCAAAGACACUGUUCGCUAUUGUUUCAGACAGGUGAUGCAAAUACUUCACCACUGUGUGUCAAUGAAAAGUACUGUAACCUCUGAUGUCAUUUCUCUGUUCUGAUUGCUUUGCUGUAUGAAAACAAAGUGUGUUUAAAAUAAGAACCCAUGCAAAACA